CACGAGCAUCCGCUCUGCACAGCUGCUACACAGUCCUUCCACGCAGCUACAGGAGACUGUUAUUUUCACUACAGACUGGAAGAAUUUCUGAUAAGAACAGGAAAAUCGCUUUAUUUAUGAUACUGUAACGUUUGUCGAGGCGGAUACGCAGAAGCUGCGCUGCGCAACAGCGGCGCUUAAUUGACACACUUGAGUCCUAAGCCGGCAUGAGCCGGAAGUGUUCUGGCGAACUAUCCCCGGAGGAGGGGAUGGAGGUGGACUGUACGCCGGAGGAGCUGUCGAAGUGUUCGUAUGAGGAGCGCUGUGUGGAGCUGGGGGAGGUGAAGGACAUGCGGCUGGAGGCCGAGGCGGUGGUCAGUGAUGUGCUCUUCGCGGUCACAGACAUGCACGUCUCUCACAGUCUCUCCAGCGGACUGGAUAUGGCCUACAUAAACCUGGAGACCAGAGAGGGAAAACGAUACUGCUUGGAGCUCACCGAGGCAGGGUUAAGGGUGGUGGGACACGGCUUCGAUCAGGUGGAUGAGGGCUUGAGCUCCCAGUAUCAUGAGACCGUUUACUCACUGCUGGACUCCCUCAGCCCCGGAUACAGAGAAGCGUUUGGAAACGCUCUGCUACAGAGACUGGAGAGGCUCAAACAGAACGGACAGUGAGGGCUUCAGUAUCAUUCCCAAUAUCUUUGCUCGCUAACAGUUCAUCCAAGUCCUGUGCCGCUCUCCGCUUCAAGCAUCAGUGCUACCCUUUCCAGCUUUUAGUCUGUGAUAUGUUUUAACAGAUCUUGGUGUUGAUUUGACAAACCGACUUGCUUGUGAUGUUUUAAAGUAUUUUACUAUUAUUUGGAGAGGUAUCAUUGCUAUGCCACAAUGGGCCCAGGUGAAUACUCAAUUUUUUUUAUUUAACAUUUUGAAAUAACCCUGAGAAAUAGCAGUGCUGUUGUGAGGACUACGGGAACAUUUUUGAACUGAAGUCUUUUGUGUUAACACACGAUUUUGGAUGAACUGGGUCCUGCCGAAUAGAGCUCCAUACUGUACUUCCAUCAACCGUGCAGCAUGGCUCUUUAAAGUAUUAACAUUUAAAACAUAUCCGAUGCCUUACUACGUCCAUUCACAUGUCUAACAAUUCAGUUUUCUUUUAAUAUCAGUUAAACCUGUCUACAAGAUAGUUAUUUAGAAAUCCCGAUACAUUCAGUAUCUUCCCUUCCUUUUGUUUGCUACAGAUAAUUUCCCUUUUUGAUUGUGAAAACACAUCUGUUGCUUCAUCUGUCGAAAUCAGCAGAAACGAUUGAAAAGCCAAAACAUGGUGGUGAUAUCCACUGCCAGCCCCAAAGUAUUUUAUUUGUAAUUUUUUUAAGAAAAUGGAAACAUUUGUCAGUUUCUUAAACCUUACUCAAGGGUAAAAACAGUGCAUUUUAGCUCUGAAACAGAAGCGUUAUGCCUUUUACUUUCAAAAGAGUUGAGCAAAAUCUUCUUCACUGCAAUUACAUUACAUUACAUAGCAGCAUGUUUGUAUGAAUGUCAAUGCUCGACUUGUUGUUGUAAAGUAAAAGACAUUUAUUAUGGUUAAUGAUAGUUCUAUAGUGGCAACAGCUAGCAUAUCAUGUUAUAUGUAUUGUCCAAUAUUGGUGUUUUUAAAAUAUGGUUUUAAAUGAUUUUUGUUUGUUUUGUUUUUCCGGAAGAGAGAUUGUAUGUUGUGUAGAAUGAGUCAUUGAUUGACCGGUCAAAACAAAAUGCUUGAUCUUGCACAGAAUUGCACUAAAUGAGAUAAAGCAGCCGUUCUCUGACUUUGUUUGAAAGGGCUGCGUAAAGAAAAGUGAAGAGAUUCAUUUAAAUAAAUGCAUACAGGAAGUGGUUGUAUGAUGGGUUUCUACCUCAUGUUGGGUUUUUAUUUUGACCUGUGAAAUUGAUGUGUAUCCAGCUGGUUUGUGAUGGUGAUAAUAGGGUCAAGUGAACAGAAGUGGUCCUCUGCUUUUAGUAAAUUCCUGUGAAACAAUAUCCUCAAUAUCAGUCCCAAACAUCCUAAUAAUUUACAGAAGGGAAAACGAGUAAGAGGGGGUUUAAAUGAUGUACAUGGCACAAAAAACUUCUGUACCUGAGGGAAUGUUGCUUGCUUUUGUUUCCUUGUAAUAAAAAGCACACAUUCAAAUGUUA